GACCCGAAAGCAUGUUUGUUUGUCGAUCUUGGCAUUUUGAUAUCUUGACAAUUUGUUAAUCUGAUGUAUGUUUCUCUCAUUAUGAUUCAGGAAGUUGCAUGUGGAAUUUUCAAAGACCUUUUUUCAAAACUUGUGAAGUUUCAGUAUCAAAUCAGCUGUUGCAUGUUCACUUCUUGCGUGACACGUUUCUAAUUUUAGUUGUUUACUUUUUGUAACGAGCGCCUAUCUCUCCAAUGGGAAAAUGAAAGACACAAUAUGAUUGGUUCGGCAAUUUGACCUAUAUUUUAGGUAAGUUGUUUACAGGUUACAGACAAUUUUGAUAUUUUCACCUAACUUAUGGAUCUAUGUUAUUAAGUUUAAAUUGAAAAUGAUAAAGUUUAUUGCUCUCCACACUUUAAACAACCAAAUUUUAACCUUAAAGAUGUACUUUCCCCGAAAAUGCAUGUAAAAGUAUAUGACAACAGCUGAAAUGCAGUAUUUUUCUACCAAUCGGAUCGCAUGUUAGAAAAAUUAUGUUGAAUUUGGGUCAGUGUUGGUUGUGAAUAAUUGGGUCACUCAGUCAUGGAGAGUUCACAUACACGAGAUAAUUGACCGACUGUCUAAAUAGAAGUGAGGACCCGGGGACGUAAACACCCUCCUUCUCAAGGUUUCCCUUCCUACAGUGAUCCAGCUAGCUGUUCAAUGUUCAUGGCCAGUCAGGUGUACCAACAACAUGGAUUGAAUUUUGAUCCGUGACUUACUUUAACUUGAGCGGUACUGUAAAACAUAAACAAUUUCAGCAUAAUAUGACAACGAUGGGAAAAGAAGCUAGUCUGGAUGGUUUAGAGUUUGACGGGGACACGGUGCUAUGUCGAGUUUGCGGAGAUAAAGCAAGUGGCUUUCAUUAUGGUGUUCAUGCCUGCGAGGGAUGCAAGGGCUUUUUCCGUCGCAGUAUUCAGCAGAAAAUUCAGUAUCGACCAUGUUUAAAAAAUCAACAGUGCAAUAUAAUGAGAGUCAACAGAAACCGCUGCCAGUACUGCAGACUGAAGAAAUGUAUAGCAGUUGGAAUGUCUCGUGAUGCUGUGCGAUUUGGUCGAGUUCCAAAGAAAGAGAAGGCUAGAAUCAUUGAACAAAUGCAGAAGAACACAAUUCACUCUCAGACAAGUCAGAUGAUGACAAUGUUUCAAAACAGUCGCGAUCUCAUCCAGGCGAUUGUCAGUGCUCACCACCACACGUGUGUCUUCACCCUCGGCAAUGUGGGACAGAUGAGGGAGGAAGCCAUUAAAAAUAACAACUUUGUUAACUGCCCUGCUCAUAUGGCAUGCCCUCUGAAUGGUAAUGUUACUCAAUCAUCAGAGGACACUCAGGGCUGGUCAGACAUGUCGGAAUUCUUCACCCCAGCCAUUAAAUCAGUGGUGGACUUCGCUAAAGCUAUUCCUGGAUUCUGCUUUCUUAGCCAAGAUGAUCAAGUUACACUGUUAAAAGCAGCAACCUUUGAGGUUUUGUUAGUUCGCAUGGCAUGCCUCUUUGACCCGGACUCCAAUACAAUGAUGUUUACAUGUGGCAAAAUGUUCAAAAGAGAGAUCUCACAGGUAUCUAGUAGUGCUGGAUUUCUGCUGGACUCCAUGUUCGACUUUGCUGAUCGCUUCAACAAACUAAACCUGACGGAUGAAGAAAUAGCAAUCUUCUCUGCCAUUGUCCUUUUGUCUCCAGAUCGUCCAGGCCUUAGAAAUGUUGAACACUUGGAGAGCUUUCAGAUGAAGCUGACUGAGUGUCUGCAGACGAUGAUUGCAGCCAAUCACAAAGAUGAUAACACUCUGUUUGCUAAACUUUUGAUGAAGACAACAGACCUUAGAACUCUUAAUACUCUUCACUCAGAAAAAUCAAUUGGUCAGAAUGAAAAGAAUGGAUCUGAGAAAUCUUCAGAACAGACGACUGGAAUUAUGGAUGUUAAUGAUCAAGUGGACUCAUCUAUUUCUGAAGGAUCAACAGUAUCAGACAACUCCUCCAUACCCACAAGUCUGUCUGGGGCUACUGGGUACGAUUCGGGAAUCUUUGAUGGAAUACCCAUUGUUCCACAGCGUCACUCCCUGGAGACAACACACCCCCAUUUGGUUUUGAAAACGCCAUAUGGCACUUUUUACCGUGAGGACUCUCUUGGUUACUAUGGUCUGGUAACGGAUCAACCCAUCAGGAGGUGUCACACUUUGGAGCGGGACACCCUCUCGCGGCCACGUCUUCACACAAUUGAAGAGCGUAGACGAUAUACUCUUGAUAAAGAAUACAUGGAAAGAAAGAUCCAUAGCCUUAAUGAAAGAUUCCAGAUGGAAAAAGUGGCAUUACGUGGGAACAGCAUGCCACCCUCACUGGCAGGCAGUGCAGCAUCAAGCCCUGUUCCGCCACAAUUCUUUUUGGACACUAGAAGUCCAGAGCUUAAACCUGUUUCAUCAGAAUCUCAUAGUGCAAGUAAUAGCCAUAGAGGAAGUCCAAUGUUCAGUUCAGACAAUUUUAUCCCCAUUCCGUCAACUUCUCCAAAACCAGGAUCCCCCAACUUCCGAUCUCGCUCUGGAUCCAUGGGCAUGGAUGAUUAUUCUCAAUUGCGUCCAAGGUGUUACAGUUUCCAUAUGAACAGUGAAGGCAAGGCAUCUCGUGAUCCUUCACGGGAAGCCCUUCAGGAGAGUUACACAAUGUCCGCUGAAAUGAGAAGAGGGAGUGUAGGGGCUGUAUAUGGACUCCACCACAAGAAGAAGUCACUGCUUGUGGAUCGUCACCCCCGCUAUCUCUCGCGUCUUUCAGACUCUAUUGUUAAGAGGGUAGACAAGAUUAAAAGUCAAGAGACAAAGAAGCUCACAGAUUCUUAUGAAAAUCUUCCCACUGUUCAGCUGCCUGUUCAGCCAGAACAAGUCACCUGGCUUCCUCCCACCUCAUCUAGUCCAGUAUCUGCUGCUGCAGGAGCUCCUCAUCAUGCUCAGAAUAACCAAAAAAAUCUAGAUUCAGCCAGUCUGGAACAUCCUCCUGUUUCUCCUGUUGCUAUGGAUACAGAUGAGGAUCAGGGAAGUGUAGAGAGUCAGGAAUCUAGUUCUGUUUUUCAUAAGAAAUUUGACAAAAUGAGGAAGCACUUGAUUUCUACCGAAAGUGAAGAAACUGAAAGAAAGAUAAAGACUGAGAAAGAGGAGGUAAUGAUUGAUGAUGACACAAAUGUCUCCACUCAAGAUAAUCCUGUUAACGAAAGAAGUGAUGAAUUCCAAGCAUUUGAUGACAUACCAAAUAAAGACCUAGAAAGAUUAAAGAUUAAUGAUGAUACUAAAGAUAAGAAGACCAAAUCAGCAGUUGAGAGUCACCCACAACUACUAGCACACUUAAACUCUUCUGCUCCGAAUCUACAGAUGGGAUUCUUGAAGCUUCCACUUCAAGUGUCUCCCAAACAGACAACUUCAUCAUCUCAAGUUUUGCUAAAUAUUCCUAAGUAUAGUGGCAAACCCUCUACUGUGGCCAAAGAAUUGCCCACUCUUGCUUCUCAGUUGAGUAGUGCUCCUCUCAAUAGCACCUCUCCUUUCACUCGAGUUGUGGAUCAAGGAAACAGAAGAGACAAUAUGCAUUCAGAAACUAUGAGCCACUUGAAAGACAAACUCAUGCGCAAAUAUGACAGUAUGGAAAAUUUGGACAAAAUUGGUCGUAUCCCAUCCCAUCAGUCCCAGCAGGUCAGUGAAAAUGACAAGCACCCAAAGAUCUCAUCUGCCUCCAACCCAAAUAUUCCUGCCGAGCUUUACCCACCAGGCAUGUGUUCUAACAAUAUCAGCGGGGUUUUCCCUCAAUCAGCCAUGCCAAUAAUGCAUCCUGCCUUCUUGGGAUCACCAGGAUCAGGAUUUGUUCCCAGGAUGUUUAUGAUGCCUGGUUAUAACCAGCACUUGGCAGGAAUGCAACAGUUGGCACAGAUUUAUGCUAAAAAUGUGGAUCAGGAGAGAAGAAAGGACCAAAAUCAUUCUCAGAGUUCUGAUGGGGAGGAGAAAGCAUGUUUUGGAACUUCAGGCCCAGAGCCAACCUUAGAACAUAGAAUUAAAACGGAAAUGAACUGAAGUUCACAUAAACUGAAGAUACCUGCUUGCCAUUCAUUGAUGUUCAUCAUUACCACCUUUGAAAGAUCUUAAUCUUUUUCUUCGGAGUGCUAACUGGUCCCCACUUCCAGGGAUCAACUGGUAUCCAUCACACAUAAAUUCAGCAGUGCUGACAACUCUGGAUAUCAAAUGUAAAAAACAAAACAAAACACACACACAAAAAAAAGAACACAUGGAUUGUACAUAUGUGUAAACAGCCAGAAUGAUAUAUUUUUGGAGAUUUGUUAUCAGGAAGUUGGUUAGAGCUGGUACUCUUCUGUAUGUUGUGUCAAUUCAUUGUUGUUGCCACAAAACUUCUUUUGCACUUUCCCCUUUGAUCUCUGACUUUGUAUUUCCUGAUUGAGGAACAUAUUAUUAUUCCUUUAUUUUCUGCUUUAGCAGACUCAACUCCAGUAUAUGGAUAAAGUAGUAUUUAUUUAUAUUUAAAUCUUCCAAACGAAGUUUGGAGACUUAUUGUUUUUGCUGGCUUCUUAUUUUGUUGAUGAAAGUUUUACAUAUUCUAGGAUAUGAUGGGCAACUGUAUCUAAAUGUGCAGAAAUGGUUUUGUUUUCAGAUUGAAAGGGGUUAGGGUACAUAUUGGAGGGAUCAAAUAGGGUGGGGUUUAACAUAGAACUCUAGGGGGAAGGAUUAAUUCCAAAAUUCAACUGAUAUAACUUGACAAAUAUGAUAGAGUCCUGGGGUCUUCAGAAAUGUGUAGAAAAUGACAGGGCCUUCAAAUUAGUAUCAAGGUCAAGUGACUCCAAUGACCUUGACCUCUGACCAUAAAAAACUGGUAUAACUUUAAAACCGAGACUAAUUAAUAGCGACAUGGGAUCUUCAGAAAUGGUAAGAGGAUGACAGGACCUACAUAUUAUGAUCAAGGUUAAGUGACUCCAUUGACCUCUGACUUUGGAGCAUAAAAUUGGUCUUACUUAGGCCUCUGACCUUGAAUAUAAAACUCUAGAACUUUAGAACUGUUAUUGAUAGAGACAUGGGACCUUUAGAAAUGAUAAAUAGAUGAUAAGAUCUACAAACUUGUAUCAAGGUCAAGUGACUCCAAUGACCUCUGACCUUAGAUAGUAAAUUUUGUAUUACUUGAGAACUAGGUCUGAUAGAGAGAUGGGAUCUUCAAAAAUGAGAAAAUGAAGAUUGGUAUCAAGGUUAAAUGACUUCAGUGAUCUUAACCUCUGACUGUGAACAUAAAACUGGUAUAACUUUAGAACUGGAAUUGAUGGAGACAUGGGAUUUUCAGAAAUGAUAGGAGGAUGAUAAGAUCUACAAACUAUUAUCAAGGUCAAGUGACUCCCUUGAUCUGACCUUAGAGCAAGAAAUUGGUAUUACUCAAGAACCAGGUCUGAUAAAGAAAUUGGAUCCUCAGAAAUGAUAGAGAUGGAAGGAUGAUGAGAUCCUCAAAUUAGUAUCAAGGUCAAGUGACUCCAGUGACCUUGACCUUAGAUCAUAAACUAGGUACUACUUAUGAACUAGGUAUGAUAAAGAGAUGGGAUCUUCAUAAAUGAUAAAAGGAUGAUGGGAUCUACAAAAUGGUAUCAAGGCCACAUAACUCCAGUGACCUUGAAAAUAAAUCUGUUAUAACUUUAGAACCAGGACUGAUAGAGAUAUGGAAUAUUCAGAUAUGAUAAAAGGAUGUUGUGACCUACAAACUAGUAUCAACAGUGACCUUUGACCUUGAUCAUAUAGACAUGUGAUCAUAAAAAAUUAUGAAAGGAUGUUGGGACCUACAAAGUAAGAUGAACGAAAAAGGGGGAUUUUUAAAAAAAAAAAAUUCAAAAUCAAGGUCUUUGUGAUGUAGAUAUUUUAAAUGAAGUUAGAAUUGGAAUGUAUUUGGGGAGGGGGGGGAUAGUAGUAUUCAGAAAAAAGUCCACUUUAAUACAGCCAGUACUUUGUUUGGGAGACUUUAUAAUUGGUAGAUUGUAAUCAUAUCUUGUCAUAGGAUACAUUAAUAAUAUAAGUACACUGCAAUGUCAAUCACAGACAAGUUGACACUCUCAUUUAGUGUUAAACACAGCAGGUCAACCUAUAUAAUGGUUGACACUAAAACUGUCAACUGUUGACCUAUCUUGGGUUGACACUUAUGACAGAAUCGCUCUUUAAAUGUAAAAGCUUCCACAUAGGGACUACUUUAAACCAACUUUUAUUCAUGUGCUAAAAAUGUUCACUAGGUUUGCAAGAAUCUCGUCAGAGCAGCAAACCAGUCUUUUUAUGUCUCUCUGUUUUUAAAAGAUUAUCUUGGUCAUGAAGAUUAGUGUUUGCAAACCAGUUUAUCACUGAUAACUGUGAAAUGAAGAGUUGCAAAUAAAAGUUAAUGCACAGCACAUGCUGUUUUACUGGAGUUGACUAGAAAUUGUCUGCUUUUUUGUACAUCAUGAUAAGUUGUGUUUUUCAUGUUAUUGUACAUACAAUGCAGGUGGUCAAACAAUAUGAGCAGUUAAUAGUGCACACACAAGAGAUAACAGAAAAUUUUAUUAACCCUGAACACAAUAUACUGAUCAUGCAUGAAAUGGGCUACUUACUGCUGAAUUUAUUUAGGAAAUGGGUAUUAAAAAUUUUAUGAUUUUUUAAUUGAUGUACCAUAUAAUGGGUAUUUUCUGCUGCUGCAUGUCCAUUUUUUCCAGACACAAAAAUCCGCAAAAUUUACAAUCGUAAAAUAUAUAUUGAUACAUAAUACAUUUAGGUAUAGUUCGAUAUAAUGCAACUGCAGAAAUUGAAAACGCAGACUAUAAUUUGAUACCUUUUUGGGGUUGAAUUUUAAAAAAUUAACCUGCAGAAAAUACUCAUUAUAUGGAAUUUCCUUUAUGAUUAGAUAUAGAACCAUUGGUGAAAAUUUUGUAUAGAAAAUGAACUUUCCAGAAUAAUAUUUGCAGCUCAUUUUCAAGUCAUUUUAGUCUUUUACAGGACAGCUAAAUGUAACAACAGGUAAAAAAUGAAAAAGUUAAUUCCUAGUCACUGUCAUUUUCACUUCCGUCUCUUGACAGAAUUGCCUUCUAGUCUUUAUGGGUAUGAAAUGUUUUAACUCAAUCUGGAACACAAGAGGGCUACAUCAGAUUCAAGGCAGCAAUAGGCAGUUUCACUAAUUUGUUUUCUUUUUGAAUCUCCCCGUUUUAUUUUGAAGGAGUACAAGUUUUGCAAUCCCUCAAAGAAUGCUUUUUCUUAGUACCAGGUUUUAUUCAGUUAGACAUCCCCAGUGGCUUUCCUUUCCACACCUGGCCUCUAUUUGGAGUUGCCGCAUCAACAAAUUAUUAUUCUAAUACCCGAACAAGUGCAGCUUGCAAAUUCUAAUAUAUGCGACAUUUAGCAGGAUUUCCAUACUUUCAAAACAAUAUAUAUGUGGUAGAUUCAAAAGAUGAAAGAACAAAGUCUUCCUGAGAACCUUUUAAUAUUGACUAAUCUGAUCAACAUGUGGACUUAUCUUUGAAUUUUUGGGCAAGUAGAUUUCCCAUCCUCCUAUAGACAUUAUCUCUCCUUUCCAAGUUUCACUUCCUGAAAUGACUUUGUAUAAGCUUCCAAUAAAGAGUCUGACUUGAUUUUGUUUUCUGCAUAUAUGAUGGUUUCUCUCACAAGAAUUCUCACAUUCUUCCCUCAAACAAAUGCGUUAAAAGCUUAGUGUACAUUUGAUCAUGGAUUUUUAGUAAAUGGAGCUGUUACUUGAGCAUGUCUUGUGUCCAUCCUACAUUUAGAUCCUCCCUCGCUUCAUGGUCACUUUCAGCUUCAUCAAUGUCAGUUUCUUGAAUAUUCAACAUAUUAUUCUCAUCAAAUCCUUCAAAAUCCUCCUCUCCAACUGAUCUGCCAAAAAAUUGUAAUUAAAACUCUCAUCGUUCAUCCUCUGUUUCAAAUAAAACUUUUAACAUGUGUCGUUUUGAAAUGUUUUUUUGUUUUUCUGAUACAGGUAAAACUUGCAUUUUCUGUAUCAUAGUUCUAAGAAUAUUUUCUUUACACCCUAUAUACAUUUAGAUUUGACUUUUCUUACCUUCAAUGAGUUCCAGAGGGUUUACGAUCAAUCUUUCAUUUUCCACUUGCUUGAGAUAGAUGAAAACAUAAACGGAAAAUUAGUCCAGACAUGUAGUUCAGGCGUGGCUUUAGUCAUGUAUUGUGUGUUAAGGGUUAUGUUGAUAUUUUGACCAAUUAUAUUCGGUAUUCUAAGUUUUGUGUGAAUGUUUAGUAUUAUUAAAUUUUGCUUGUGCGAUAACAGGAUCAUGAAAUCAUCAGGACUUCUUGGAUGUUGCAAGAGCAUAAGAAUUAUGUAAUGGGGCUGAAAUGCUCCAUUUUGUGCAAUUGGGGGGGGGGGGGGGGGGGGGGGAAAUGUAGUUGGUGGCAAAAGCAUUCUUCCACCCACAAACACAAGCUCAAAUGUAUGUUUUUGUUUGCACAUUUGUUAAUAUUAUUUGUAAUAAUAUAACAAUCUAUGCGUCCUACAAUGAUUUAAGUCAGUUGAUUCAAGUUGCAUGAAAUGCAUUUAAGUAGAACUAGAUAGAGUACAUGUAAUUUUUUCUUUGCAAUUAUCAUACAUAAUGACUGACGUGUUUGUCCACAGCUUUACUGACAGGGCAACAUCUACAUGUCAACCAAUCUGUCCUACAAUCUGCUAAAAAUUACUGCAACAUCAUUGAAUAUAAAGACUUCAUAUUAUAAAGUUCAUACAGAUGUAACAUAAAAUUCUUGUGAUAUAGGAAAGGAACAUUUCACUAAGUGAAUUUUAACCCAAAGGAAUGGGGAAUGCAUUUUCUAGUCCAGUUUGUUCCAAUUUUUCAGCACCUUUAUAAAACAAAGACUUUGGACUUCAAAUAAACUAGAUAGUGAGAACUUAACAUUUCUUGCAGUGGGUGCCAUGAGGAACUAGAAUAUGCCACUAUUUGGACUUUGUGUUUUCACAAACACAUCAAAUGUUUGAAAUGGCCAAAUUUCAACAAGAUACUUUUAAUGAUGUGUCUUCUAUUGUAAAUGUUAUGGAGAUUGCCUUUUAUGAAUAUUAUUCCCCAGAAGGUUGAGCUUAUUUUGAUUCUAAUUGCAGAUAAUGCUAUUAUUUAUGACUUUUGAAUCUUAAUGAAGGAUGUAUAUCACACCUGAAAAAACUGUUAUGGAUGGAAAGUGGAAGAUAUGUACAAUAAUAUUUUGAAAUCAAAAACUUUAAGGAGGUGUCUACAUCAUCAUAAUGGCCGACUUCCUUAGCGGAACUCCUCGAAUGUCUCGCGCACUCGACAUAGAUCUCGGAUGUAAUACGGUGGCAUCCAUGAGUGAAUUUGAUGCGUUGCCAUUUGGCAAUCGUAAGAUCUAUGUCGAGUGAGCGAGACAUUCGAGGAGUUCCGAUUGGUAGCUCAGUAUGCUAGCAUGUCAACUGCUGAACUGUAGAUCACGGGUUUGAGUCCAGCAGGUUUUUUUUUUAUUUCAAAUUACUUUCUACUAUAACUUCAUUUAGUUUGACACUAAAUAAAGUAAAUUUGAAAGUUUUCAAUAUCAAAAUAUUGUUACAUACAUCCUUCACUUUUCAUCCAUAUCAAAUUUCUCUGGUGUAGCAUUCCUUUUCUUUAGUGGAAAAUGCAGUUUUCGUAGAAAGUAUUUUUAAGGAAAUUUAAGAAGUGUUUGACAUUUCCAAUGCAUCAUUGCUACAUUACAUAAUGCAGCUGUACCUGUUGAAAGUGAAGUACCAGAUUCCUUCACUUUUACUAUUUCCUGCUCUUGCACAUCCAAUGAAAAUCUGUUGGCAUUUAAACUUUGGUAACAUUUAAAUCAAGUAAUGUCAUGAAUGCUGCAAAAUGUGUAUAUACAGUAAAGCAAAAUUACAGCGAACAUAAUUAUAAUGAAUUCACUCCUACAGCGAUGUAAUUUUCAUUCCCUGUAGUUUUAUAAUAUAUAUUAUUGAAUAUAACGAAUUCUGUUCUUUAUGAAUAAAAAAAAGAUUUGUUCCCAGCACUUCACUAUAAGAAUGUUUCACUGUAACUAGUUUCCAUAGUACCAUGAUACUUGAAAGGUGUACAUGAUAAGCUCCAGUUGGCACAAAUUAAAUUCAAAUGAAUAUGAUUAGUUCUAAAUGGCCAUUGUUGGUGUUUUCCAUGGAAGCAAUGUUAAUCAAUUUCAUGCAAGAAAUAUGUUGAGCAAAGAAAAAAGAUAUUCUGAUGACAAUUUGGAUUCUUACUUUCACUUGAAGUAUAUUCUAGCCCUAAAAUUAUUUUUCCUUAAUUUUUCUACUUUUCCUCUGUGUAAAGAAAAUAGUGUAUUAUAUAUGUAUAUAUAUAUUGUGUUAUUUAGUAAUAGAAAGAAAAGGGGAGGAGCAAAACUAUAGAUGUACAUAUUAAAAUUGUGUGGUUGAAAGAGAAAUAAUAAUAUAUAUCCCCCAUAUUAUGUACAGUUAAUGGUGUGUGUGCAUGUGUAUAUUAUAUAUAUACAUACAUACAUACACACACACACACACACAGAGAAAGAGAGAGUAAAAUACAGUUCUAUCAAACACACUUAUAAUGAAUUCACACUUGCAGUGAUGUGGUUUUCAUUCUCCAUACAUGUAGUUUAAAACAAAUUGUGAACUUAUUGAAUAUAACAAAUUACAUUUAUAAUGAAUAAAAUUGUUUUUCCUUAGCUUUUUGCAAGAAGUGCGUUUUACUAUCAGUAUAUUUGUGUGUGUGUGUGUUUAAUAUGAUAUAAAUAUGAUAAUUUAUUUGUUGACUAAUUGUAGUUGAUUGAGAAAUGUGUGUGUGACCUUGCCAUUAAUGUACUCUAUUUUUUAUCACAUAUUCAGUGUUGUUCACCUACAUAUCUCAUAAUAUGUAUAUUUCCCUUUUCAGUUGGGAAUUGUGAUGUAAUGACCCUGCAUGGCAUAAAAAAUGCAUAAAGUUUAAGUCUAGAAUUGCAUGCAUUUGAGAAUGUUGAUCUGAAGGUUUUAGUUUUUGUCAAGCUUUCAAUUACAAAAAACAAACCAAAAAAAAAACAAAACAAAAAAAAACAACAAACCAAUGGAUUCGAUUUUAUAUUUCCAAGUUAUGAUGAGUGCACAUUUAUCUGGGGAAUGUUUUAUAAUAAUGAACAAAUUUGAUUUAUUUGUGAUUUUAAAGAGCUUUGCAACAUGUCUUAAGUUUUUUGUUGAGUUUUUAUUUUUUAUUUUAUUGGGGGGGGGGGGGGGGGGGGGGGGUUCGAGCUAAAUAAUUUGCAAAUAUCUACCAAAUUUGUAAAUAUAUUUUGUCCAAAUUAUUGUCAUAAGAGCAUUCUCUUCAGUUUGCUGUAGUUUGGCUGUAAAUAGCAAUAUUGAAUAUUGUACACAUGUAUAUAUGUACACUUAAUUCAAAAGAUAAAUGGUUUAAUAGAUAGUAACACAUUUAUUUAUUAUUCAAAGUUUUGUUCUAGCUAGCUCAUCAAAUAUGUGCAAUAGAAGAUUAUCUAAGAUGUAUAUAUACCAAACUGCUAGUACAAUACUUGAGCACAAUAUUUAUUAUUUUCUGAAAUUUGUCCAUUUUUCUGAACAUCCUUAAGAUUUUUUUAUUGUAUAAGUGAUGAGCUAUCAGUAAAACAAAAAUGGAAAUUAUUGCUAUUAUUAUUUUCUUUUCUUUUGCAGAGAAAAGGAUAUAUAAAACAUGAAUUUAUUCAGUGUGAAAAAUGUUUUUGAUUUUACUAUUGAAGAUAUGUGCAUAAAAAUUCAUAAAAACAAGGUUGUAGUACUCUGAGAAUCAUGUUUGUUUGUUAUUAUUGCAUACAGUUUCUAGUGCUAUAAUUUAAAACUUGUCACAUACGUUUUUCAUUCCAAAUUAUACAGUAAUCAAUUGUAAUAUUAUGUUUGCACUUGCAGGGUAGAAGUAUUAGCUAACAUAAAUUAAUUUACAUGUUACAUAUGUUAUAACUAAUUACUUUAAGGAAAUGUCAUUUCAUCAUUUAAAUUGAAUGUAAUUGUGAUGCAGAUUAAACUGUGUGGUUAGUGCUUGAUACAUCUAUUUAUUAAAUCCAAUAGAUUCAGCUUUUAUUAUGAGUAAUUAUAUCUGAAUGCAAGCUGAGGAGUAAAUCACAUGGUACAUCUAUUUAAUACCUGUACCAAAUGGUCAUGUGAAUUUAAUUACUAUAUUGCUUUUCAAAUUUUAUUGGUUUUACUCUCAUCAUGUAAUUAUUGGAUGUUUAAAACUGAAAUAUUUAGGAAUAAUGUUUUGUUGCAAAUUAUGAUUGUUUUUGUGUUGGAAACACAAUGGUUGAAGUCCAAGUAUUUGGUAGUAAUAGUUGAAAUAUUUGUUUUUGAAUCUUCAUCUUAUUGCUCUAAGGUCAUACUACAUCUGUUACUCGUUAGGUGUAGUAGGUGUAGUAUUUUGUCUGUUUAAAUAAAGUUCAGAAAUAAUCCUG